AUGAUUCUAUCUUCGCUGGCUUAUCGAGCCUCAUUUUCGCAUAGCAUUGCUGAAGCGGUGGCGGCACAGCUCGGCGGCGCGGAUCCGGGCGUGAGGGAGGCCGCCAUCCGCGUUUUCAACACAUGCGCGGCGCUGCCUGAAGGAGUGCUCGAGCUUAUAGCGGCACAUGUCGGCGAUCAAAACCGGGACUUGAGAAGAGCGGCCGUCGAUUGUCUUUCUAAACGCGCGGCGCUGCCUGACGAGGUGCUCAAGGCCCUGGUAACUCGGCUCGGCGACAAGGCCCUGGACGUGCAAGACAUUGCCAACCAGAUCCUUCGCACACGUGCGACGCUGCCUGACGAUGUGGUCAAGGCCAUGGCGGCUUGGCUCGACGACAAGGACCUAGCUGUCAGCCAAGAUCUUGGGGACCGUAAGGCGCUGCCUGCCGAGGUAUUGGAGGUCGUGGUAGCACGACUUGGCGACAAGAACCAGUACAUGCGAUGGAUCGCCACUACAGCGCUUAAGCGCGCGGCGUUGCCUGAUCACGUAUUCAAGGCCAUGGUAGCGCGGCUUAGCGACGAGGAUCGGGACGUACGUGUGGGCGCUGUGGAGGCCCUUGGCACACGCACAACACUAUCUAACGAGGUGCUCAAGGCCCUGCGGUUGCGUCUUGAUGACGAGGACUUUCACGUACGACUGGCCGCCAUCAAGGCCCUAGGUGAACGCGUGGCGCUGCCUAAUGAGGUGCUCAAGGCCCUAGCGCUGCGACUUAGUGACCAGUCAUGUCCUCAGACGUACGAGCGGCCGCCACUGAAGCCCUAG